AUGAUCAUACGGCCGAGUCUUCGCCUUUUGCGGGCGACACCCAAAGUUCGCAAUACACCUUGCCGUCGCACCCUCAUUGCCGCGCCGAAACCUGGCUCUGGACCUUUGCUUGAGCGCCGCGCCGAUCGCGCACUCCCGAGCAUCUCGACUGGCAUCAACAUCUGGAUAAAAACGCUUCCGGUCUUCGCACUCGUCGUCACCGGCUCGUCGCUAGCCAUUUUCAACUAUCAGAAAACUUCUAGCUCGGUCGUAAAGUCUACGUUGUACAGUUUGAGAACGAAUGCUCAGGCGCGGGAGAUUCUGGGUGAUGAAAUCUACUUCGCUAGCCAGAUACCUUGGAUUUCGGGAGAGCUGAAUCAGUUACAUGGAAGGAUUGAUAUUAGCUUUUGGGUCAAAGGGACGAAGAGAAAGGGAUUGAUGAGAUUUAAGAGCGAGAGGAAGACGAGGAUGGGUUUGUUCGAGACACUUGAGUGGAGCUUGCAACUGGAAGAUGGCGAGAAGAUAUCUUUGCUGCCUGGCGAAGGUGAAGAUCCAUUCAAGGAAGAGCUUGGAGAAGUCGCUGCUUGAAGAGCUGUGGCUCCUGACUGCAGUCAAGGGAGGCUUCAUGCAGUGGGAUAUAAGGCGACACAGAUGCCAGAGGCAGUGGAAAUGGCCUGUUGGGCGGGACCGCCGAAUAAAGAGGCUUUUUCGAAAAGCAUAGCCACGCCUUUCGGGCUCAUAGGGCCUCAGUCACUGCCAACAUUGCGGUAUGUACUGACGCAGACAACUUGGGCAGAAGAAAACAGCAGCAGAAUGCACAGUGGACAGUGGAGAAGGCUUCCGGUAUGGGGAAAUACUGAGGCCCACUUCAGAUGGCGCACAACAGGCUCGAAAGAAGUGCCACAAAUACAAUCGCCGCUCUUAGAGAUCUAUGAAAUAGCAUUCUCGCUCACUGCGGCUCCGUCCUCAUCUUGUCUUUCGUGCUCACCUUGCACACAGACCGCGAUUCAGCGUUCUGGAUGAAUAUCAUCACAUCGCGGGGAUGCAACCAAAAAACAUCGUCAUCUCUCACAUCGGCAGCGACGACCACAACGGUCCCUAUGCAUCGGUUGCCAAAGGAACGGCUCUACUUAUUUUCCAAAGACCACUUCAUGGCAGGCGAUGCACUGUAAGGCGAUAGGAAGCUUGCCUGCUUGCGGACACUGAUCUUCCUGCUUUCUCCUGGUGCAAGACGCGGAGCACGAUACGAGACCUUGGACCGGGGAUCGGAAUAGCGAGAGGCAAUAAGACAUGAACUCGCCAAUGCCGUUCACCGCCCCAGAGACGAAGCAAAGGUUGACACCGACCCAACGGCUGUUGCUUUGGGGCAGCGCAGCCGGAAUUCGAGACUUGUAGAGCCCGCGCCUACACUAUAUAAGUAGGCCUACAACUCUACCCGCGAGCGUGUUCAUCCAUAUUGAAUUACAUGUACUCUCUACAUGCGAAGCACAUGUCAAUUACUAUUUUUGC